AUGGCUAUGGCCACAGGAAGGAAAUACAACUUUUUGGUCGUUUUCUUCGUCACCUUCGGAUCCCUGACCUAUGGCUACAAUUCGGCCAUCAUUGGAGCCGUCAUCGGCCUGCCGUCGUUCUUUGAGUAUUUCGACAUUGAUAUCAAGUCUGAGGGAGGAUCGCGUGUUACUGGUGCCACCAACGGCCUCUUCGCAGGCGGUGGCCUUCUAGGCUGUUUCUUCAUCACCUGGCUAGCCGACAAAGUCGGGCGGAAACGAGCCAUCCAAAUCACAGCAUGCAUUUGCAUCGUCGCAGGGGCGCUGCAGGCCGGCUCGGUCCAUAUCGCCAUGUUUCUCGUGGCUCGCUUCUUGAUGGGUUGGGGUGCCGGGAUGGUCAAUGUCAUCACGCCUCUGUACCAGUCAGAAGUUUCGCCUGCGAAAACGCGAGGGCGGAUGGUGGGAUCGCAUGGGUUUAUUUUGUGUGUGGGAUAUGGUCUAGCAGGCUGGACAGGAUAUGGUUGUUACUUCUUGACCAGCCAGGUGGCGCAAUGGCGGCUCUGUCUGGCUCUUCAGAUCGUGCCGCCGUUGUGUUUGUUUCUCGGGUCGCCGUGGCUGCCUGAGUCGCCGCGAUAUUUGCUCGCCAACGACGAGUAUGAGAAAGGGUUUGUUAUCUUGCAGAGACUGCAUCAUGUCGAAGGAGACGAUGAAGAUACCAUUGCUCGGGAGGAGUUGUAUCAGAUUCGCAAACAGCUUGAUCUGGAAAGACAAGAGGGCUGGAGACAGGGCUGGCUCAAGGGUUGGAUCUUGUUGUUUCGGAAACCGUCGUAUAGGAAACGUUUGCUUUUUGGGUUUCUUUUGCUGUAA